GAGGCUAUUGUCAAGCUGUUGCUUGACAAGGGAGCUGAUAUAGACGUAAAGGACAAUUCAGCUGGCCAGACACUCUUGUCAAUGGCUGCUAAACAUGGACAUGAAGCGCUUGUUAAACUCCUCCUUGAGAGAGCCGACCUUAAGACACCUGCUCAGACACCCUUGUUAUUCGCCGCUAAAUAUGGAUCUGAGGAGCUUGUUAAACUCCUAGUUGAG